AUGUCGACCGAACAAGCUACCGGAAAGACUGUGGAGGAGAAGAAAGAUCAAGGUCAGUUGAAAAAGUGUUGCUGGCUUGCUAAAAUAAAUUUUUCAGUUGCCGAGGUUACCGAGAAAUUGGACAACCUCGCUGUCGACAACAACAACGAGGCGGACGAGACUAAGGCGCCACGUCCGGCCCGUGGAGGACGCGGAAUCCGCGGCGGACGUGGACGCGGUCGCGGUGGCCGUGUGGGUGGAAGAUUCCAACCAAGACCACCAUAUGACGAGCAGGUGAAGCAGAUCGAGGAGGAUCUCAAGACCAAAAAGGUUCUCGAGACCGGUGUGAAAGGAUUCGUCAAGUGGUUCUCUGUUCGCGGACGUUAUGGUUUCGUCGCUCGCGAGAAAGCUGAAGACGAGAAAGAAGACUUCUUUGUCCACCAGACUGCCAUCCUCAAGUCCAGCACCAUCAAGUAUUACCUCCGUACUCUCGAUGACGAGGAACCAGUCGUUUUCGACAUCGUCGAGGGACGCAAGGGUCCGGAAGCCGCCAACGUGACCGGACCGGACGGGGAGAACGUGCGCGGAUCCCGUUUCGCUCGUCAGCUGCUCACUCGUUUCAAUCAGUCACGUCGUGGUCCACCAAAGGCUGCUGGCGGAGCUGAAGGAGCUCGCAAGCCGCGUGAGGAUGCUGAGGAGGGAAAGCAGGUUGAGGAAAGGUGAGAAUUGUGUAACCGGAACUGGUAAUCAUAAAUUUAUUUCAGCGGAGACGGAGAAACUCGUGGAAGGCGUCGUCCUCGUCGUGCCCGCGGAAAGCUCCAGCCAAGAGAAGAGAACGGGGCCGCCAAUGAGAAAGGAGAUGGCGAUGUUGCCGCCGCGUCAGCUGCCGAUGGAGAGAAGAAAGGCCGUCGUCGCAACAAUCGCAACAAGGAAAAGAAAGAAGAGUCGGGAGAGCCAACAGAGCAGAAGCAAGAGGCUGCCACAGCCCAGGCUUAA